AUGGGGCGGAUGGCUAUCAUGCAGAAUGUCAGACCACAUGGUGCUCUUCUUAGUGAUGCUGAGAAGAAUUCAAAGGACUGUAAGGCAGUCACCUUGAGGAAUGGCAGAGAACUUGAAGAAGUGCACAUCAACAUCCCUUUGGUAGAGCUUUUGCAAGAAGUUGCAAAAUAUGAGAAGUAUAUCAAAGAAGUGGUUGCGAACAAAAGGCGUUGGACAGAGUUUGAGACCGUUCCAUUUACUAAAAAGUGCAAUUCUAGAGUGAGGAGUAAAAUUCCUCCAAAGUUGAAAGAUCCGGGCAGCUUCACAAUUUCGAUUAAUAUUGUCAACAUUAAAGUUGGGCUAGAAUUGUGUGACUUGGGUGCUAGCAUUAAUCUGAUGCCCACUUUUGUGUUCCGAACGUUAGGCUUGGGUGAGCCUAGGCCAAUGACUAUUACAUUGCAGCUGGCUGAUCAAUCUCUUGCUUAUCUUGAUGGCAUUAUUGAGGAUGUUCUUGUGAAGAUGUCCAUGACAGUUGAUGGACAAGAGGCAACUUUUGAUGUGUUUAAAGCUACCAAGCUUCCAGCCUAUUAUGAGGAGUUGAAGAUGAUUAUUGUGGUGGAACCCGAGCUCACUAAUGCAGGGCUAGAUCACUUUCUAGCUUCACGAGAUCUUUUGGAGACAGCUUUGGUGUAUGGGGAAGACUUUAUGAUUGAUGCAGAAAUCAAGGAGUGUCUUAGCAUCCUUGACACUUCAUGUUCUUAUUUGCAAGCAAACACACCAUUUGAGGAGUUAGACAAACCAGAGUCGUGGAAGAAGCAGAAACCAUCUAUUGAAGAGGCUCCAGUUCUUAAGUUGAACCCAUUACCUCCUCAUCUUCGCUACUCUUUCUUGGGUAGUGGAGACACAUUACCUGUAAUCCUCUCUGCUCAUUUGAUUGAUGUGCAGGUUGAACAUGUAUUAAGAAAGCUAAGAGAUCGAAUCCGAGCCCUUGGGUGGUCGAUAACUUAUAUUCGAGGUAUUAGUAGUUCGUAUUGCAUGCACAAAAUAUUAUUGGAGGAAGACAGCAAGCCUAGUGUUGAGUUCCAAAGACGACUGAACCCGAUCAUGGAGGAGGUAGUGAAGAAAGAGAUCAUGAUUUCACUUGAGGAUCAAGAGAAGACCACAUUCAAAGUUCCAUAUAGCAUGUACUUUCCAGCGCUGCAUGAUGGCUAUUUUCACCGAUAUGGUGGAAAACUAUAUGGAGAGGGCAUUGUUCUUGGGCACAAGAUAUCGAGCGAGGGAAUAGAAGUUCACAAGGUGAAGAUUGAAGCAAUUGAAAAAUUGCCACCACCCGUUUCAGUUUGGGGAGUGCGUAGUUUUCUUGGGCAUGUAGGCUUUUAUCGACGGUUCAUCAAAUAUUUCUCCAAAGUUGCUAAUCCGAUGUGCAAGUUGUUAGAGAAAGAUGUGAAGUUUGUGUUUAAUAAAGCUUGUCUGACGACUUUUGAUGAAUUGAAAAAGAGGUUAGUGUCAGCUCCUAUUAUCAUCGCACCCGAUUGGUCUUUGUCGUUUAUUUUGAUGUGUGAUGCAAGUGAUUUUGCUAUGGGAGCUGUCCUUGGCCAGAAAAGGGACAAGAUUUUUUCAUCCUAUUUAUUAUGCCAGCAAGACACUUGA